AUGUCCAAGGCUCUCGGACUUUCUAGAGUUUCUUCAUCAAUUGAUUCAAAAAAUAUCGCGGACAAUCGUGCCCCAUUGGCCCGCGCCAAUGUCCCUAACACCACCGUUGACAAUGCCAAUGCCGCUCCCGCGCGCGCGCCCUCUGGGUCCGGCGAGCAGGCCACAGAGUCUCCUUUGACCAACGCCAACAUCGCUUGGACCAUGAUGUCGCUCUGUCUGUCCGUGUUCCUCUCUGCCCUCGAUUUAACGAUCGUGACUCCCGCAAUUCCCGCCAUAGUCGGCUCGCUCAAGUCUGCCGCCGGUUAUACUUGGGUGGGGGGCGCCUAUACUCUAGCCUACGCAGCGAUAACUCCGGUAUGGGGGUCUGUCUCCGACAUCUGGGGCCGGAAGCCGAUCAUGCUGAUCGCGGUAGCCGUUUUUUUGGUCGGAAGUCUUGUCUGCGCACUUGCACCGAAAAUGGACGCUUUGAUCGUGGGUCGUGCAAUUCAAGGACUGGGGGGAUCGGGCAUGGGGAUAAUGGUCAAUAUUGUUGUCAGUGAUAUGUUCUCGCUGCGGGAUCGAGGGCUAUAUCUCGCCAUCACCUCACUGGUUUGGGCGGUUGGAAGUGCCAUAGGACCGGUGUUGGGCGUACCGGUCGGGGCCGUCUCCUUUCUCGUCUUACUAUUCUUCUUGAGAGUCGAAAGCCCCCGAACACCAAUCGCCGCCGGUCUAAAAGUCAUCGACUGGACAGGAAGUGUUCUAAUUGUAGGGGGCGCUCUGAUGGUCCUCCUAGCCCUCGAGUUUGGGGACGUCGUCUACUCCUGGUCUUCCGCAACAGUGAUCUGUCUAUUAAUUUUCGGAGCAGCAGUGAUGGCGCUGUUUGUGGUCAAUGAGUGGAAGAUUGCCAAGAAUCCUAUUAUCCCUCUUUGGCUAUUUACCUCGCCGACCAAGGUAGCGCCGUACGUUGUCUUCGCGUGCAACUCAUACAUCUUCAUCGGGCAGGCAUAUUACCUACCCCUGUACGCGCAGUCUGUCCUGGCUGCGACAGCCUUGAUGUCAGGACUGUACCUCCUUCCGCUAAUCGUCUCAUGUGCCCUGGCCGCAGCGGCAGCGGGAAUUUUCAUGCAGCGAACUGGGAAAUAUCUGCCCGUGAUGUAUAUUGCGCAGGGCUUUUCGGUCCUUGGCUCGGGACUGCUAAUCAGUCUCAAAUUUGAAUCCAACAUAACCAAACUAAUCAUCUUCCAGAUUCUGGUCGGGAUCGGCGUGGGCAUGAACAUCGAAGCCCCUAUCCUGGCGGCUCAAGCUGCUACAAGUGUUCGCGAUACGGCUGCCGUGACUGCGACAAUGGGGUUUGUCCGGUCGAUUUCCACCGCUAUCUCAGUUGUCGUCGGUGGCGUGGUCUUUCAGAAUGAGAUGAAUGCGAAGAACGGGGAGUUGGCAAGCCGGCUCGGUUCGAAUUCACCUCUAGCCAGCAUAUUCAAUGGCGACAAUGCUGCUUCGAGUGUGGAGGAGAUUAGCACCGUUGGACUGAAUGCAGAUCAACAAGUCUUGGUUAGGAAGACGUACUUUGAGGCAUUGAGGGUGGUGUGGGUCAUGUAUGUUGCCUUUGCUGGAUUAGCCACCAUACUUAAUCUGUUUGUGCGGGCCCGUAAGCUCCGGAGUGAAAAUGAGGGCGCCGUGCUGGGCGUUGACCGGUCACGGCAAGAAGGCAGCCCCACUAAUGGGGUUGCGGAAAUGGAGCUGUAG